AUUUUUUUUUUCUUUAAAACAAAAAGUAAUGCUUUCAUUACUUGCUAGUUUUAGUAUAAGCCUAAGUUGCUAUUUAUUUAUUUACACUACAAGACAAAUAUAUGGUUUAUUUCAAGAAAUAAAAUCAAUCGAUCCUUCUAAACCUAAUGCUCAAUGUUGGUUAGAGGCACUCAAUCUCCAAUGCAAUCAAUGGACUUGGAUGCCUGUUUUUAUUCGAGUGUAUUUAAUCGGUAUAUUUGAAACAAUUUAUAUUGUAGUUUGUAAGCGUGGUUUAUUUAAGGGAUCUACGACACAACAAUCGAAUGAAAACCAGAUUGAUGCUUUGAUUCAAUCUUAUACAAGAAAGGAAAGAACAGAGUUAGCAGUUAUUACAGGAGGUGACUCUGGUAUCGGGCUCGAGAUAAGCAAAGGAUUACUUUUAGCUGGUUAUCAUUUAAUCAUUGGUACUCGAUCUAUAAAAGAAUAUCAAAAUACGAUAACUAUGCUACAAAAUUCAACUGGAUCAGAUAAAGUUAGUUGUAUAGAGCUCGAUUUAAGCUCAUUUCGGUCUGUAAAUAAAUUUGUUGAGAAAGUAAAAUCAAAAGUUCCUGGAAAAGACAUUCAGUUACUUAUUAAUAAUGCUGGAAUUAUGAAUGUACCUUAUAAGAUGACAAAAGAUAAUUAUGAAUCACAGUGCCAAAUAAACUAUUUAUCUCCUAUUUUAUUAACACAGUCAUUAUUGCCCUGGAUAAAUAAGAAUACAGGACGUGUUUUAUUCGCAUCUAGCUCUACAUUGUAUGCAAUUAAUAAUUUGGAUACUACUUUUCCAUAUAAAAAAUACAAGCUAGAUGGUUUAAGCCAUUAUGCAUAUAGCAAAGCGUAUCUUAGUCAAUUUAUACCACAGCUUGCCAAAACAACACCUGUUAAAAUAUUUGCUUAUCAUCCUGGUACAGUCCGUACCAAGUUAUUCAAACAUACAACUUUAUUUAAUCUACCUUUCCUCUCUAAAAUAUUUGAUUUCAUCAUGUUAACAGCAAAAGAAGGCAGCCAAACACCGUUGUACUUGUGUUUAACAGAGAAUCUUGAAGGAACAGGGACUUAUUGGGCUAACACACAUAUCCAAAAGGUUCCUUCUGUUGCAGUUGAUGGAAGCAAAGAUAAUAUUAAAAAGUUAUGGAGCGACAUAAUGUUGAAAUGUAAUUUAAAAGUUCAAUAAUAAUAAUAAUAAUAAAAAAGAAUAGGAUAUAUUAAUACCCCCC